AUUUAAAGACGCUGCGGGCACGAUGCGAUAACUCUGUCACUCCAUUCCACCAAAACUCAAGACACUUCCCCACCCUCAGUCCCGCUCCCCACCGGGGACAAGGGGAGAGGUCUCAUCUGCAACGCUAAAGGCCACCCAGCUGCGCCCACCUCACCGCCUACGGCAGCUCCGAUUUCCCCCGCGCCCCGCCACCCCAUCUUCUGCCCCGCGCCCCAGCCAGCCCCCGGCCACAGCACAGUCCGCUCCAGAUCCGCGCCAGGUUUCCUUCGCAUCGCUGGGGUCUCCGCCCCUCCGAGCGCCGCCGCCGGAGCCGAGCCGGAGCGUAGCGGCGGGAGCCACGCGCACCUCCGGAAUCCCGAAGCGCUGGGAGCCCGAGCCCGCGAGCGGGUCUGAGCGGCGGUGCUGACCCCCCCUUCUAUCAGAACUCCGAGUCGGGACCGGACGGCGCGGCCGGGUCCCCGCGCCUCAUCGGAAUUUGACCCUCGGAGCUCCGAGGUGACCCCUCUCUGCGCUGCCGGCCUCGAUCGGCUUCUCAGCGCCCUGGCCCUGGCUCGGGAGAGGAUCAUGAAGCUGGAAGCCAGCAGUGAUGGAGCCACCUCAGGGCUUUCUAAGCCCAAAAAAGACAUGGAGCCAGAUGCAGAGGUAUGCUCAGAGAUCCCAGGAGGGCAAGUCCCUGGGUCCAAGCCCAGUUCUGGAUCAGGGCCUGAGGCCGAGACCGGCCCUUUGGACUUCAUAGUGGCCACAGAAAGGGAAUUUGAAGAGGUGUUGGCUGUCUCGGCCGCUCCCACAGCUGGCUCUAGGAUCCCCACCACAGAGCAGUGCCGGCCAAGUGCAACGGAGGAACAGCAACGGAGUGCUCAGUGUGUGAGAAGAGGCGAGUCCUUUGAACGGAGAGCCCCGUCGGAGAGCAACUCCCCACACACACAAUGGCUUCCGUCGCAGAUCGAGAGGGAGUCGGUACACCGGAUCGACGCCGGGGAGACGCCGCUGGCGGAGGGACUGCGCGUGGCGUCCCCGGAGCACUGCAAGAGGGUGGCCCGGCUGCUAGAGCACUUCUUUUCGCAGCUGGUAAGAGACAGCACCCGGGGAAUCGAAGUGGCACGACUCACCAGGGACGAUCAGCUAGGGCCCCAGGAGCUGAAGAAAUUCCGCCUAAUCACCAAGCAGAACAAAGGAGCUCGGAGGGCCGGCCUCUCCUCAAGGGGCCUCCGGGCUUUGUCCCCCCUUUCCUGCAGUCAGUCACCGCCUUUCUUUCACUGCCCGCUCUGCCCAGUGGAGGCGCCCAUGAUCCCUGCCCUGGGAAUCCCAGUCCUUACCCAGACCUUGUUGUCCAGGGAAAAUCAAACAGCUUCCACUUCCAAUGCCUCCGGCGUCUUCUCGCAGCUGCCCGGGGAGGCCGUGUGGAAGGCUGGCAGCGACCUGGCACGCCUCCUGCUGUCGCCCUCCUUGCAGCGACAGGAGAAACCAUCCCAGAAGUGGCCGCCCUACUGGCCGAGUGAGAGUAACCUGCGCCUCCUGGCGGCCAAAGGCCUGAAGUGGCGCAUGGACAGCCGCGCGCGACCGCGCGGUGCUCACGCUGUGCACGCGCUUUCCACGCUGUGCACGCGCCCUUUCCACGUCCCGCACCGCGGCAACAGCACGUGGCGCUACCUCCGCAUCGAUGCCUUCAGCAGCGACAGUGCGCAGAGGCAGAGCCAGCUUCUGUAGCAUCUGCAGCUCCAGAGCCCUUUCAGUCUCAACGUCGUGUGCCAACUCUUCCCGGCGCCCCAGUUGUGGUCACAACUGGUGGCUGACUUCCACCAGGCUGACUGGGGGCUCGCACUGGUCAAGGGUUAUACUGAACAGUACUUGCUGGAGGCCGACAACUAAGGCCUCCCCAGUCAAGUUGGAGAGGAGAGAAGAUGCACUUUAGACCCACCUCCUUCCGCGGAUCCCCGCCCCCACCAAGCCCUGGCCCUACUGCUUCAAGUUCCGCCCCUUACCCCUGCUCUUGGUCCUCAGUCUGUUGUUCAGUCGCUCAGUCGUGUCUGACUCUUUGCGACCCCAUGGACUGCAGCUUGCCAGACUUCUCUGUCCAUCACCAUCUCCCCAAGCUUGCUCAUAUUCAUGUCCAUCCAUUGAGUCGGU